GCAAUGGAUGAACUUCAUAGCCUGGAUCCAAGAAGGCAAGAGUUGCUAGAAGCCAGAUUCACAGGAGUAGUGAGUGGCAGCACUGGAAGUACAGGAAGUUGUAGUGUUGGAGCAAAGGCCUCAACAAAUAAUGAAAGUUCUAAUCACAGUUUUGGAAGCUUGGGAUCUCUAAGUGACAAAGAAUCAGAGACUCCUGAGAAGAAACAGUUGGAAUCUUCAAGGGGAAGAAAAAGGAAAGCAGAAAACCAGAGCGAAAGCAGUCAAGGGAAAAGCAUUGGGGGACGUGGUCACAAAAUUAGUGACUAUUUUGAAUACCAAGGUGGAAAUGGGUCAAGCCCAGUAAGAGGAAUGCCUCCUGCAAUCCGUUCUCCUCAAAACUCACAUUCCGCCCCUUCUUCCGUUCGGCAGAAUACUCCUUCUCCUACUGCACUAUCUUUUGGGGACCACCUUGUUACCCAACCAAAGCAGAUGUCAUUUAAAAUUACUCAGACUGAUCUCACAAUGCUGAAAUUAACCGCACUUGAAAGUAAUAAAAAUCAAGACUUGGAAAAGAAGGAAGGUCGUAUAGAUGAUUUGCUCAGGGCUAACUGUGAUCUACGACGACAAAUAGAUGAACAACAAAAGCUACUUGAAAAAUACAAAGAAAGGUUAAACAAAUGCAUUUCAAUGAGCAAGAAACUUCUGAUUGAAAAGAGCACACAAGAAAAACUGUCAAGCAGAGAGAAGAGUAUGCAAGACAGAUUACGCCUCGGGCAUUUUACAACUGUUCGACAUGGUGCUUCGUUUACUGAACAGUGGACAGAUGGCUUUGCAUUUCAGAAUCUUGUGAAGCAACAGGAAUGGGUGAAUCAACAAAGGGAAGAUAUUGAAAGGCAAAGGAAACUUUUGGCGAAGCGAAAACCUCCACCGACAAAUAAUUCACAGGCCCCCUCUGCCAAUUCAGAGUCUAAACAGAGGAAAAACAAAGCAGUCAACGGAGCAGAAAACGAUCCAUUUGUUAGACCCAAUUUACCACAACUGCUAACGUUAGCAGAGUAUCAUGAACAAGAAGAAAUUUUCAAGCUUAGAUUAGGACAUCUCAAAAAGGAGGAAGCUGAAAUACAAGCAGAACUUGAACGUUUGGAAAGAGUUAGAAAUCUUCACAUACGAGAGCUCAAAAGAAUAAACAAUGAAGACAAUUCACAGUUCAAGGAUCACCCUACGUUAAAUGAGCGGUAUUUGUUACUUCAUUUACUUGGUCGAGGUGGCUUUAGUGAAGUAUAUAAGGCUUUUGAUCUCUAUGAACAAAGAUAUGCUGCUGUGAAGAUACACCAGCUCAACAAAAGCUGGAGGGAUGAGAAGAAGGAAAACUACCAUAAGCAUGCUUGCAGAGAGUAUAGAAUACACAAAGAGCUGGAUCAUCCAAGGAUAGUAAAACUCUAUGACUACUUCUCCUUGGAUACAGAUACGUUUUGUACAGUAUUAGAAUAUUGUGAAGGCAAUGACCUGGAUUUCUAUCUCAAGCAACAUAAAUUAAUGUCAGAGAAAGAAGCAAGGUCCAUUGUAAUGCAAAUAGUAAAUGCACUGCGGUAUCUCAAUGAGAUUAAGCCACCUAUAAUACACUAUGAUCUUAAACCAGGAAACAUUCUUUUGGUAGAUGGAACAGCAUGUGGAGAAAUAAAAAUCACAGACUUUGGCCUGUCCAAAAUAAUGGAUGAUGAUAGCUAUGGUGUGGAUGGAAUGGACUUAACUUCCCAAGGGGCUGGCACUUACUGGUAUUUGCCUCCAGAGUGUUUUGUUGUAGGAAAAGAGCCACCAAAGAUUUCUAACAAGGUGGAUGUGUGGUCAGUUGGUGUGAUCUUUUUCCAGUGUCUAUAUGGCCGAAAGCCAUUUGGCCAUAACCAAUCCCAACAAGAUAUCCUUCAGGAAAAUACAAUACUAAAAGCCACUGAAGUACAAUUCCCAGUGAAGCCUGUUGUGAGCAAUGAAGCCAAGGCCUUUAUCAGGCGUUGCUUGGCGUACCGUAAAGAGGACCGGUUUGAUGUCCAUCAGCUGGCUAAUGACGCUUACCUUCUCCCACACAUGAGAAGAUCAAAUUCUUCAGGAAACCUGCAUAUGACUGGACUGGCAGCCUCUCCUACACCACCUAUAUCGAGCAUUAUUCCCUACUGAAACUUCUUCGCACAGAAGGCUUUUGCCGUGUGAUACCCUUUGCAGUUUGCCAGAGUGGACUUCUGUUCAGAAACACCCGAUUAGUGUUCUUACACAGCAGGACAAGUUUAACGAUGGUGUUUCCAUACUGUGGCAGUUCUGCAUGAAGUCAUUUCAUGUGAUGGGACUCUGGAUCAUGGUCUGUGAAAUAAACGUCCCCUUCUGACUUUCAUUUGAAAACAUGGAAGGCCUGACUUUAGCUGCUGCCUCCCAGCAGACGUACUGCAUUUUAAGACUGAAGAUAAAGGUGUAUGUUGAACUCGGGAGGAGGGGGAACACUGUAAAUAAUCUUUUUAAUACUUUAAAACACAUUUGGUUGAUACUGGAGAGUUCUAAUAAGGAGGGUAGUUUCAUUAUUUAAAUAAAGGAGAAACGAAACAGAGCACAGAAGUACAACUUGGUGCCUCGACACAACAGCUAGACAACAGAAUCUUUCUUCCCAAGAAGUCCAUUGUUUCAAAAACAAAACACACCAAAAAACCAAAGUUACAGAAGAGUGCCACAGCUGUGUAUGUUAAUUUCUUUGGAUAGCAGUGAUUUAGUAUUUUGAUUUUAAUUUGUUUGGGGGUGGGGUGGGGAAGGAAUGCUUUAAAAACUGUUGGUUGGAUGACUGUAUUUCCAAAGGGGGUGGGAGGAAAAAAAAUGGCUGUUCAGUGAGGUAGCAGAAACUAGCUUGGAACCUAGUUCAAUUAUUUAAAUGGCAUUGCAAUACUUAGCAGUGUUGUGAACUGCUAACUGCUACCCAGGCUUUUGAGGAGGGAUUUACAAAGGCUAUGUACGUAACCAAAAGCAAGCAGGUAAUGUUCAGUGUUUCUAUGCAGGAUUAUGACAAAUUCCCUUCUAACUCUAUUGUAAAUUGUUGUACAGAUGUCAUAUUUUCAGUUCAAAAAUUUCAGCAACCUUAUUCCUGUACAAAUGUUUAAAAGUAUGGCUUUUUCUAAUUGGAUAUUGUAUUUUUUUUAAAGUCUCCUUGAAGGCGCUUUUAAUUGCUGCUAAAUGAUGUUGCUUUUGCUUUUGCAAAACAGAAAAUCCAAUGACCUCCUUAAGGUGCAAGUCAACUGUACGUCCUAGAGAGACUGAAAGUAGAUAAUUCAUUAACAAUCAAGGCAUGUAAAACCGAUCUGUGUUGGAACUAUAAAGUACAGUUCAAGUCAGUUUCCUGAGCUCUUGAGUGCUGGAGCACGUUGAUACUAGAUGUAGAAGUUGUUUAUGGUUAUUCUUAGUUUCUGGAAGUUCUGUCUACAAGGUGGGAAGAUGUUCUUCUAAAGAGAUGUUUCUUGUGGCUUGUACAGAUAUUUUAAAAAUGUGAAACAUUUUCUAACUGCCUUGUAUGGUAGAAACCUUUUUUCAGAAUGCAGUAUCUCCCCCCCCCCACAAGAUUCCUUUUACUGUCACAUUCAUAAUGCUGAAUUCCUGUACGUAAUUUUGUCCAUGUUGCAGAAAGGGAGGCUGUAUUACCACAGGUUUUUUUUUUCCAUUUAAUAUUGUACAGUUAAACUGUGGCUCUUGUUUCUGACGUUGCAAGCCAUUUUGUUUUUGUUGUACAUAAGGAUUACAUUAACUGUCUCUUUAAGAUGCUGCUGAAAUUGUAGAGAAUGU